GAGGAUGGCGAAUCAGCCGGCGGCGGUGGCGGCUCCUCCUGCUCCCGGUGCCCGAGCUCCAAGCCGACUUGUGCCCCUUUCCAAUCGGAGGCGGAGCCCCGGGCCGUCUCUCGGCGCACAUAUAACCCGGGCAGAGCCCUGGCUGGGUACAGGAGCCGGGCCAUGGAGACCGAGGUCCACGUUCCGGUCGGGGCGCCUGCCGUGCCGAAGUUCGCCAUUUACGUGGACGAGAACGACGUGAUCCCGGGCGCUUUGGCGCUGGUCGGGAAGCUGCGGCCCAAGUGGGACGUGAGCCAGGUGAAGACCAAGUUAUUUACAGAUGGAAUUACAAACAAACUAGUCGGUUGCUAUCUGGGGAACCAAAUGGAAGAUGUUGUCUUGGUGAGAGUUUAUGGCAACAAGACUGAGCUGUUUGUGGAUCGGGACAAUGAACUGAAGAGCUUCCAGGUCCUGCAAGCCAAUGGUUGUGCUCCAAAACUCUACUGCACAUUUCAGAAUGGUCUCUGUUAUGAGUUCAUGCACGGGACAGCACUCUGCCCACAAAGUGUACGGGAGCCAACUCUGUUCAGGCUCAUAGCAACAGAGCUAGCAAGGAUUCAUUGCAUUCACGCCCACAAUGGUUGCAUUCCGAAACCCAACCUCUGGGUGAAAAUGCGGAAGUACAUGGCUCUCAUCUCGUCUGAGUUCACACCAGAAGCUAAAAAUACCCGGAUUCAGAAGAAGGUGCCGCCUUUAGAGACGUUGGAGAAGGAAAUGGUGUGGAUGAAGGAGUACCUGUCAGAGCUGAACUCCCCCACGGUGCUCUGCCAUAAUGAUCUGCUUUGCAAGAAUAUCAUCUACAACGAAAAGGAAGGUUGGGUGAAAUUUAUUGACUAUGAGUAUUCUGGUUAUAAUUACCAGGCCUUCGAUAUCGGAAACCAUUUCAAUGAAUUUGCAGGAGUGAACGAGGUAGACUACAGCCUGUACCCAGACCAUUCCUUACAGUUCCAAUGGUUGAGAACCUAUCUAGAGGCUUGUAAACGGUUUACUAAGAAGGGAGGCGAGGUAACCGACAAUGAAGUACAGACACUGUAUGUUCAAGUCAACAAAUUCUCUUUAGCAUCUCAUUUCUUCUGGGGGUUCUGGGCAUUGAUUCAAGCCAAGUACUCAACCAUAGAGUUUGAUUUCCUUGGGUAUAGUGUGCUGAGGUUUAACCAGUAUUUCAAGAUGAAGCCUCAAGUCAUUGUUCUCCAGACGCCUGCAUGAUGGUGUGAAUGGCAUUCCACCCAUCGCUGCACAAUCUGUUGGUCUUUCCAGCUCCCUCCCAUGGACAGACUUCGACAGCCACUUCUUCCCAUCUCAUGCUGCGAUUUGAGAAGUAGACUUGCCCCCAAACUCUCAUCUACUGUACCCUUUAAGCGCAGACAGCUGUGAGAAAUCGGCAUACAUUCCUCUCAUGACUAAAGCCUCGGCUCCAUGUUUUACCUUUUGAUUUGGAUCCCAGUUGUACCCAGGGCUGUGGACGCAAGGGCCUUUUGGAAUCUUUCCUCUGACCCCCUUUUCCCAGUUACUCUGAUGGCAAGCUGUAUCCAGUUUACUUUUGGUAGGGACCAAGCUGAGGACAGGUGGCUGAGUGAGGGAGUAAUGAAGUGGGGAGGGAGAGAAGGUUUGUUCUCUUUUAUUUAUAAAGUAGCAUUGCCUAUAUUUCAGUUGCUAAUUAGUCAUUUAGUUUAUGCCACCAUGAUUGCAGGGAGGUCCACACACUGGCAAUGAUCAAAGGUUUAAAAUAAUUUCUGUGUUUAACCUUUUCCAAAAAUUGGUCAGAAGAAAUGAUGAUUUGUCUCAGCCCUAACUCUGCAAGAGUGGACUUAGUAAAUCUGUAUUGCAUUUUUCCUUAUUAAUAAGCUGUGUGGGUGUGCGUGUGUGUGUGUAUAUAUAUUAUUGAACAUACGUUUUGUUUGUAUGUGCGUGUGCGUGAGAGUGAGAGAGAGAGAGAGAGAGAGAGAGAGAGAGAGUGACCACAAACAGGAAUGGGACUCAAAGCUUUCUGAGAGAUACAUAUAGCCUUGCCCUUGGGCAUCACUGCUGUAAAUUAGAAAUGGGGGGUAGGGGGUUCAGGACUGGCAGGAAGUGAUAUGAUAAAAUGACAAGGUACAGAAUGAGAAAGUGACACAUUUGCCCUAGUGAGUUAUCUCUGAUUGACAGGCCUGCACACACUAUUCUCUCAGGGAGCCUACCCAAUUUGUGAAUGGCCUUGAGUGUUAGCCCCAGCAAGCUGCACUUUACUACUGUCACAGAGUGACAGGGUGAACCUUUUGAACUACACAGUGGCAAGUUCCCAUAGGAACUACUUAAGUUUAGUUGAAGGGAAAUGUGUAAUAAAGCACAUGCUGUACCUGCCUGUCACAUGAUCCUGUAGUGCUCAGAGAUGAACCCUAUCCAGCCUGCAAGCAUGGUCAGCACAGGGUCGAACCAGUUGAUUUUUCUUUUUGGAUGGAGGCUGGUGUGAGAAACAGGUUCCCUGCAUCAGAAGUGCACAUAAAUGCAGGGGUGCAUGAACCCUAUUUACCCCUGCUUACAAAGGAGUUACAGAACAGCAUCAUAGUGACCAGAGAAUUGGGACAGAGACAGCAGACACCUACUGCUCCUGCUCAAACUGCAUAUCCAGAUCAGGAGAGAAUGAGUGAAUCACUUCGAUGCCAUGUCACUGACUGAUGGCCAAAGCCUGUGAACUUUGAUAGCUUUUAUUGAAUCAUUUUCCUUUUGCAUAACUCCCUAUCACUGAUGUGAAUUAAGUCGGUGACUACUGAGGGAGGGUCUUGUAUGAUAGCGUGUAUAGUAACCACUAACUUAAGACUUUACAUUUUCCCCACUGUUAUCAAUUGACAGCAUUUUACACUGCUGUUACUUUGGGUUUCUGUCUGCCGAUCUACUUCUUUGCUGAGGCCACUGGGUGAAUAAAAGCAAGAGCAGUAUGGUUUUUGGCUUGAUUGGAAAGACUCCCUUGGGACUAUUGAUCAGGGAAGCGAGGCAGGACUCUCUCAACUUUUUGGGUUAACCUUGGGCCAAAGAAAACACAAUUCCUCUUGCUGUUGCUGCUACUACUUUGAUAUAUAGGGAGGUGCACAUGGAAAAUAUCAAUCGCCCUAAAAUUCAAUCAAGCACUGUGAUCUGAUCAGAAACUAUUGCUAUUUUCUCUCCCCAUGUUUACAGCUGAUUCCAGUGAUUUUGUACAGUACCUGGUCUUAGAUCUGACAGCAGUUCUGAAACAAGAACUCGGAUGUCUUACAUUAAAUCAAACUUGAACCAACUGCUUUGUUUUUUUUUAUUCCAGUCAACAGAGGCAGGUUUGUAGCAUGCCUGUUGAAGCCUUACUCCUGGGGCAGAGCUGCAAUGCAUUUACCUUGGUGAUCUUCCCAUUGCAACAAUGUGCCACAGAUACACUUUGAUCAGAGAAGCUAUCACUGAGCAACUUUAAAUCUGCCUUUGUUUGACCGUGAGGCCGAGUUGGCAGGAAAUUGGCCAAUUUGGUCCAAUGCGUCCUCGGUCAAAUUGUAGCCACUGACCUCUUCAAGUCUCCGAGGUGGAGGACAGUGAAGGAAGAGUUUAUUCUUCUCCUUUCCUCUGAGCUGGUCAGAGCGGCCAUGGGCAUCGCAGUCAUGGGGAGGGUAUCCACACAUCUCAGUCAGAGGGGCAAAGUCACACUGGAGCAGUACCAGAAAUGGUAUGCAGACCUGUCACCAUUUCAGAAUUCCCUCCACUCCCCACCUCCCCCUAGUUUCCAAUCCCAGCUCCACUUCUGACCAUGAGAUGCAUCUCAACCAGUUAUUUGCAGAAACCUAACAUUGAGAUUUCUAUCGAACUGUAAUUCGCUUUGUAAUUAUGGUGCAACCUUUUUUUUUGUGAAAUGCCUGUUUAUAAACCAGUAAAACCAUGUAAUAUUUA